AUGUCAGCCCCCCUCCAGCUCCUGGCGCCACCGCCGACGCUCGAGAGCCUCGCAGCCCACACCUCCCAGUUGUCAGCCGAAAUGCGAUCGUUCUUCGUCUCCUACGAAGAAGAGAAGAUCACCAAGGAGACUGUUCUUGGUAAGUUUAGUGCUUUGGACAUUACCCUCACUGCACUCAAGAACCAGAUCACCGAACUGUCCAGGCUCCAUCUGCAGUUCGACCUGUUCAAAGCCGCAAAUGACGUAGAGUUUGCGAAGGUCAAGACUGUGACGCAGAACAGCCUUGACAGUCUCUCUGAUAGCAUCAAAGCUCUGGGCAACAAGACGAAGCUGUCGAUCGACAAGAUCAACAGUAAGCUGGGCGCUUUCCCCACCCAGUUCACCCAGGCCAUCGAUGACCAUUUUGCUCAGCUCUCCCAACAGAAUGAGCAACGCAUGCAUGAGAUCAUCCAAGAGUACGCUGUCCCUCAGCAGCCUGCUGAGGGUCUGCUCCCCUCUGAUGAAGUGAUGCCCUCGCCGGCCAAGCAAGAGGCCUCCGCCACCGACACACAGGAUGCUGGAGACGUCGGCCUAGCUCAAGUGAUCGAAGACAAGAUCGACUGGUCUGAGGAUCUCAAUGAUGCCACCAAUGACCAUGAGAUCUUCGAUGCCUCCAAGGAUGCCCACAUCCCCAAGUUCUGCCCCUACAAUGACUCCACUGAGGAGACUGCUGGUGAAUGGCUUCAGGAUUUCGUGGAAGUACUGGUCAACGGCUGA